AUGCCUCGCCCCGAGUACGCGCCCUUCAUCACGUCCCCGCGCGGCGCGUCCGGGCCCUCGGUCGUGGGCUCGGCGCCCUCGGCCGUCUCGGCCCUGAGCGCCGCCGCCUCCGAGACCCUCAGCGCCGCGCUCAGCGUCGCCAAGCUCAACCUGCACCGACGCCGCCGGCAGACGCUCACGGACCCGAAUGCGCGCGGCCGCAGCGCCGGCACGCGCAGCGGAGGAGGCCACACGGGCCGGCGCACGCCCUACCUGGACCGGGAGGACGAGGAGGAGGACGACCCGUACGACCCCCCGCAGCAGCACCACUACCAGCACCAGCGCCAGCGCCAGCAGUACGACCACGAGCCGCAGCAGCGCUACCGCGGCCGCCAGAAGUCCGCGCGCUCGGCCUCCAGGUCCCCGGCGCCCUCGCCCUCGCGCGGCUCCGGGGGCGGCUUCGCCUCCAUGCUCUUGUCCUCGUCCUCCUCGACGCGCUCGCUGUCGCUGCGCUCGCCGUCCGCGCGCUCGUCGUCGGCCACGUCGCCGUCGAGUCUGCGCGACGAGAGCAUGUCGUCCAUGACCAGCGACAUGGCGCAGCACCUGCCCGAGCUCUCGGCCGACCGCGUGGAGGCGCUCGUCAACUUCAUCGACAAGUCCGUAGACGACGCGUACAACCUGAGUCUGGGCUUCGGCCGCGUGCGCUGGACGCCCAGCCGCGCGCGCGAGGGCGUGACCAUCCACCGCGCCAGGAGCGGCCCCGACGACGCCAUGCUGGACGCCGCCGUGCGCGGGAGCUGCAACAUCAGCGCCACGUUCCGGGAGAUCAGCGACCUGCUCAUCACCGAGACCAGCGCCGACUUCGCCGAGCACGAGAGCGCCGUCAACCCGAGCGAGUUCCUGGACGGACAGGUGCUGUACACGCUGGUGCCGCGCACGCCCGAGGAGCGCUUCGUGUGCGUCAAGUGGCACUGCGUGCGGUCGCUGGCGCCCUCCGUCGCCAAGCACCGAGACUACGUGUACGUGGAGCUUGUGGAUUCUUUCGAGGACGGCGACGGCCGCCGCAUCGGCUACCGACUGGGCAAGAGCGUGGAUCUGGACGUGCUCCCGUCGCGGGAUUCGAAGCACGGGUCUGUUCGCGCCAAGACGCUGACGCUGCAGACGUGGAGCGAGCGAGCGCCCGGAAGCCUCGAGUUUGUGACCAUGAUGAUAAACGAUCUAGGAGACCGGCUGCCGUCGUGGCUUGUGCUGAAGAUGGUGGACACGGCGGCGCUGCGGUCCGCAUGUAUACGGGACCACAUCAAUCAGCGCCGCCUUGACAUGCUCGUGUACGCAGGUCCCAGGGAUAUGGUGCCGCUCAGUCGCCGUGUGUGUUGCGUGGUGUGCACGCGCAGUUUUUCUCUCGUGCGCAAGAAGUACAACUGCGCCGGCUGUGGAGACGUCAUCUGCAGCCAGUGUAGUGUGCACCAGCUCGUGACCGCCCACCAGCGGCUUAGUGAUCUCUCAGCGCCCGGAGGCAAGCGCAAGACCCGCAUCUGCGUCAAGUGCAGCAGCAAAAUGCAGAGUCGAGAGUUGCCACGACGCGCGUCAUCCGCGCGCCAGAGCGACAUGUCCCGCGUCAGCUCGGACGGCAGCGUUCGCAGUUCACUUGCAUCUAACAGCUCGUUCUUGGGCCGUUCGCAUACCCCAGCAGGAAAGACUUCGGACGAGACUCGGCGAAGCUUUCUGUCGGAUUCCACCGCUGGCACGAGCUCACAGGACUCAAUGGAAGACGGAAACAGGAGCAGUGGCAACGGAUCCGCGGCAGUGCGUAAACAGGUACCGAACAUGUUCCAGUUCCGGCCGACGUCCUCGUCCAUGGGCAAAAGCGAGCGGUUGUCGAAGGCGUCCACUUCACCGUCUUCUCCUGGGGACGAAGAAGAACGAUUAGACGUCGAGGAGCUGCAGCCGCAACUUCUUGGUGACAGCAUCCUCGCCCCCGCCCCUGUGGAGCUGGAUCUAGGCGUUGGCAAGUACAAAGAGACUUACACGCAGCAGCCGACGCGGACCGAGAGGGAUUACCAGGCCGAAGCAGCCGAGCUGGCGGAGUACAGUGACCCCGAGGAGGAGGAAGGGUAUUCGGAAGAGGACGCAGGUAACUUCCUCAACACGGAAGGCCAUCGACACGAUGCAGUGCGGCAAUCCUUAUCGCAGGCAACGGUUAUGACUGUGGAUAUGGAUGUGCCGAUGGUGCACAAGGUGGAAGUGGCUAGCUUUCUCACGGAGGAAGAAAACGCCAGCCUGGACACGGUGUCGAACGAUUCGGACUCGGCCAAUUUUACGCUGGAUGAAAACUCGAAGAUUGUGGAGAGCAGGUCGUUCGGGCCGAGAUCGGAUGCAGGCGCGCCCAUUCCAGUCCAGGUCGAGGAGUUCAUUGUACCUCAGAACGUGCGCACAGUCCCGCGCCGUAGCAUGGAGCUGGAAGAGGUUGAAGCUGAAGAGCUGGUCAUAGAGGAGAUCCAGCCUGUAAAUGUAGGAAUCGUCCCGCGACGCAGCAUGGAUUCGGAGGAGCUCGUCGUAGAAGAAGUCCAGCCUGAAAACUCCACGCGACUUAGUAUGGAGACCGAGGAAAUGGAGGUCCCGAUGGUGGUUCGUAAAGUGGCGAAGAAGCUGGUCGUUGGAGCUGGCGGUCGUCGCAGUCGGGAUUCAAGACGGGCUCCCGCACCACGGCCUACCGGUGCGCCACCCCCGCCCCCUCCACCACCGAGGGUGGCAGACGUGCUCACUGAGAGUAUGGCGAGUGCAAGGGCCAACAAGAAGGUCCAGGCAGCUUCUAACGGUUCGCGCGCCGGGCCACCUCCGACACCAGUUGUUGCUGCUGCUGCUGAAGAAGAUCCCGCUCCAGCUCCAGCCCCAGCGCCAGCAGCUGAGGAGGAAACGCUGAAGCUAGAGGACUUGCAGGUUCAUCUGGACCGCAUGAACCAGAUCUCGGCGAGCUUGCGUGACCUUCGCCAGGAGAUGAAGCAGACGACGGCCACCCCGGCCAGCACCCACACGGCGAUGGCUGCGCUCACGACGUUCGAGACCAAGGCCAACGCCGAACGUGCUGCCAAGAUUGCGGCCAACUUCAUCAGUUUGCUGGAUCGGAAUGCAGCACCUGCGGCUCGGCGCGCCCAGCAGCACCUCAAGCAACGCGGCGGACCCCGGACGAGUCUGUUCAAUUUAACUCUAGCCAUGGGCGAUGGCAGCUUCGUGGAUUACCUCGUGGAUUCGACGUUCGAGGAUGUGGGCGAGAGCCCUGACGGCCAAGGUCUGGGGUGGCAGGCAGUGCAGUCGCAGACGACCGGCAAGCAGUACUACUUCAACCAAAACUGCGCGCUGGCAUCCUGGACUUUGCCAGGACCCGACGUCUUCUGGGGGACGCUUUACAUGGUGCUCUAG